UUCCUUUUGGCAUCGGAACGUUUACAAGCAACGUGAUUCGGGCUCUGGUAUUAACUGGAUAAUUCGCCAGCUGACGCCGUAUGGUGGCGCUAGUGGAGCAGCACCAUAUGACGUCAGCAGAAAACACCGUGAGCAGCUAUGAAAUGGGAACGAGCACCACGGAAAUAUCGAAAGGUGAUGGACAUGUACUGACUUUGGUCAUUCAAGUACCACCAACACCCAAGGCCAUCUAUAGAAGCGAUGACCUCAUCAUUGGACAGCAGUCUUCUGCUGUUCUCUCCGGACGAUGAGGUCCUGGAGCAGGUCAAGGUCGACAUCGGAUUUCAGAAUCUGUCACAAGACUGGGACAGCUACAUGGAUCCUGUAGAGCACCCACUGAAGGAGCACCAGCUGUCGGAAUUGGAGCCGGCGCCGGCCGAGGCGAAGGAGGAGCCCACGCCGCCGGCGCAGAAGCAGGUGUCGGUGCAGCCGGUGGCCAACUCUGUGCCGGUGCUGGACGGCUGGCCGGGCGUGCAUCAGUUCCAGGUGACGGUGCGCCGGCGGCCCGAGCAGGCCGGCCGUCAGCUGCCCUACGUCUACAGCGCCGACGGCGCGAAGCUGUACACCGACAUGAUGGUGGCCGUGCCGUUCAGCUUCACCUACAGCGGUGUGGCCGACCCGAGCGCGCUGCGCAUCCGCGCGCUGCCCAUCUACCGCGAGUCCCACCACAUCCAGACGCCGGUACGCCGGUGCGCCAUCCACCGCGAGCCGCAGGACCCGUCCAACGACACCGGACACAUGAUGCACGUGGUGCGGGCCGAUCACCACCACGCCAGCUACCACGUGGAGCAGGAGCGGUGCAGCGUCACCGUGCCGCUGGAGGCGCCCGAGCCCGGCACCGACCACUACCAGGUGCUCUUCAAGUUCGCCUGUAUGAACACCUGCGUGGGCGGCAUCAACCGUCGGCGGCUGAUGCUGGUACUGACGCUGGAGGAGCGCGCCUCGGGCCGCACACUCGGCAGACAGGCCGUGGAGGUGAAGGUGUGCCGCUGCCCCCACCGCGACUGGCGCGCCGACGAGAAGCGCAAGGGCUCCGAGCAGGCGCAGCCCAAGGCGAGCAAACGGCCGCGCCGCGAGCCGUCCCCGCCGCCACCCUCCAACGGCCAGCAGCAGCUCUACGUGGUGGCGGACGACCCGGCGAUGUACCGAUACCUGGUGGAGGCGCGCGAGUCCCUGCUGCGCUACCGGCGCUCGGUGCUGGCCGAGCAGGCGCCGCCGGCACCGCUCAGCCGCCAGGACACGGCGCCAGUCAAGCCCGAAUACCGCUAGACGGCCGACGGCUGGGUGCCGAUGACGGCGACGGAUGGGUGCUGAUGACGACCACGGCCACGGGUGGCUGCCGAUGACGGCGACGGGCCGCGGACUAGGAGCGAGGAUUGGAGAGGCCAUGAUUACUCCCCCGCACAGAAGUGCUUUGAGUUUUGUUUCUGGAGCGAAAGGUUCAUGGAUGCUGCCACGUAGCACUAAGCUAAUUUAAGUACCGAGCGAAGCAACUCGGUAACGUAUAGUUAAUAUCAACGAGCUGCACUGACUCGUAGUGGCUGUAUUUUCGAAUGUUUGUUGAUCUUAGUUGCUUGUAAGUCUUUCUUAUGAUGCAUGUUAUGUAAAGAGUGUAAACGCAGUCCAGUACUGGGCCGUCGAAUUGUCGUAAAUUUUAUGUACAUACUUUAUCCUUUGCGCGUAGGCAUUGAUUGCUGGUCAGUUUUCCACAUGCAUUGUGUCGAUGCACGCUCGUUACAGAUUUAGAUUCAGCAUUGUGUGGCGGGAAGUGGGGCCAGGUUAGACGCACUUGUUGAGAAUCAGUCGUGGUGCACGUCUUGCGUUUAUAAAGAAACUGUUGAAGCUCGAGGUGAAUGCUGAGGCCUGUGAAUAAACUUUACCUUCUGA